AUGGUUUUAGUUAAAGAUUUAUUGAACCCAAACCCAGCUACUGAAGCUCAACAACACAAAUUAAAGACCUUAGUCCAAUCCCCAAGAUCAUACUUCAUGGAUGUUAAGUGUCAAGGUUGUUUAAACAUUACCACUGUUUUCUCCCACGCCCAAACUGCUGUUACUUGUGACUCCUGUUCAACUGUCUUAUGUACCCCAACCGGUGGUAAGGCCAAGUUAACUGAAGGCUGUUCAUUCAGAAGAAAGUAA